AACGGUCGCGCGUCCCGAAACGGCAGUGUGUUUUUGACAUCGGCCGAUGCAGUCGUGAACUUCGGAGCCGACUGAAAUACUUUUAUUUAUAGUUUUUAAUCGAAUAAAGUCGUGUUACGUUCGUGAACGCGUGUGUUUUACCGUGAUACAAUAAAUAUGAGUAUUGCUGACCUGAUCCAAGCUGCUGAAUACAUCGAAAGGCGUGAUAGAGUUUUCUUUGUUGCAGAAUCGGAACACGGGUACGCAUCUAGUUUGCCGGCGUAUGAAGAAUUGCGCUCUGGAGGCAGGCGUCCGAAGACGAAGAAAUCUCAGGGCAGCAGGACGACUCAUAACGAGUUGGAAAAGAACAGGAGAGCACAUUUAAGAAGUUGUCUAGAAAAACUAAAGGAUAUGGUGCCAUUGGGACCCGAGGCCUCACGACACACCACUCUAGGACUAUUAACUAAGGCCAAACGAUUUAUAAAGAGUCUCGAAGAGCGAGAAAAGAGGCAUUCAAGUCACAAAGAGCAAUUAUCGCGGGAACAGCGGUAUCUCAGACGGCGGUUAGCACAGCUGCGCACGAGUCGAGACGUCACCCGAUCGAUAUCUGAAAGCUCGAUGGCGCACACGACGCGCGCAGAUUCCUUCUCCUCUUUAGAGUCCUCCUCCGGUGUCUCCACCGCGGAGAGAUCGCCUUCAUCUGUUUCUGAAAGUGAUGAAGUGGACGUCAUCGGUUACACGUCGAACCAGAGCGACAGCGAGUCGCUGGUGAGCGGCCACAGCGGUGACAGUGGCGUGGGCGUUGGUGCGGGCGGACGCAGGCGGCGCUGUACGAAGCCCGCGCGUUCCCGUUACACCAGGGUCUAGGUGGACAGGGCGCGGUGCGAGCGCGCGGCAGCGGCCAUGUUUGUUGCCGCGCGUGACUCCGUAACGUAAAAACAAACGUAGGACAUUUUGUUGAUUCAUGUACUGGGACGACUGUUGUUCGUGACUGAGUGGGAAUCCCGUCCCGUGACAUCACUAGUGACUCCCGGAGUGACCGCGCCGCACCGCGCUACCUUUAUCGCGAUAAAAACGCGACACAACGCGACACCGCGCAAACGACACACCGCUAACCAUUACCGAGUACAAAAUUGCCAAAAAAAAUACUUUCGUUUCUUCUCUCUUUUGUUUUGGAUUGAAUGUUUAAAUUAUUUUGUCACCCGCUUCUUCCAUUAUCAUCACAACGGGCGCCGAUGUUCAGCCGCCCGAUAUCAAACUGUUACAUCUUUUGUUAUAACUUCUUUUUCAAGUCAAAAGUAAAAUCUUUAGGUACUUAUUGUUACUGGUUUUACAAUAUAAGUGUCGCUAUCGACUCAAAUAGCGAAUGUUGUAUAGAUAAAAUAUCAAUAUUAUAUUUUUUGUAUAUAAUUAUUUUUUCUUGUAUAAAUUAAUCAAAUAGAAUUAGAUCUGUAAAGGCGAGACUAAAUUCUUUAUAUUUUGGGGUUCAUUAUGGAAACCCACCAAAAAAUUAAAUUAAGUUCUAACCUUUUUUAUAUAAAAGUAAUGGUGGUAAAUAUGCGGCUUAUUUUAUCAAUGAAGUCGUUGAAUUUACUUUGUACCUUUGACGUGUCAAAAAAAUUUUCUGUGCUAAUUAAUCUCAACAUUAAUACUAAUCAUUUCAAUCUGUAUGGCACAAAUACAAUUAAAAGGACACGUUUUUUUAUCAAAAAAAAAACUAACAUCCUAUGUUUAAGUAUUAAAUAUUGAUUUAUUAAUGAUCUCACUUCAUUGUCAUGAAACUGUACUGGUAAUGUGUCAUUGUUUUAAAGAACUUAAAAUUAAAUGUAAAGCAUAAGACUUAGUAUUUAUUUAGACAGAAUUAAUAUUUACAAGCUUCAGGCAUUCUAAAUUAAUAUAGUAUGUACAGAAAGAUGACAUAAUUACUAGACGGAUUUCGAUUUAUAUGGACACUUGUACCAAAAAAAUAUUUUAUGAACGCUCGACAAUACAAUCUUGUUGAUAAAGCAAAUAGCUGAAGUUAGAGUACACAAUAUAUUUUUGUUAUUACUAUUAUAUCUUAUAAUUAAUAAAUUGUUAAUUCAUUUUCUAAGUACGAAUGGUAUCUUAUGUUUUAAUUUCUUUGACAUGUAUCGAAUCAGUGUUGCCAGUUAUCACGAAUUAAUGUUUCGAAAAUCAAAUUUUAUUGCAUCGAUGGUCUAUGGCAACACUAUAAAUUUCAUCUCUUUGGACCCAAUUAUUAUCAAUUCAUUCAUAUUGUAAGUUGUUUGGCGUAUGGAUGUUAUCAUAAGUAUAGUUGUAAUCAUUUGUAAUUAUGUUUGUUUUAGAAAUGACAGCCUGAUCUCUUAAGAUUAUAUCAGUUACGGCCGAGCCGUGUCUCCGUCGGGCGCCAUUCGCACUCAAACUAUCCGCGCUCUUCAUCCGCCAAAAUUGACAUUAACAUUUCAUUUGGCCCCAUCCGAUUUAUUAUUUAUGGUCUAAUUUCGGUUUAGCUUUUUCUAUUCCGUUUACAACAGUACUUAUUACCAUCAACGAGUAACAUCUAGUCCUUAUUCAAUAAAAGUCAAUUUUGGUACUAUCCUUGAAUCGAGUAACCGCCCGAUGCCUGUCAGCUUUCAAAGUCAAGAUCGCGAGCGACUUUCGUGUUGAUUCCAAUACAGUUUUUUUUUAAUGGGUGGCCAGUAAUCGUAAAGGUCGUUCAACGCGAGAGUCGCCUUCACUUUGCGUCUGUCAAGUCCUGUCUCAAUCGUAAAGAUUAUAUUCCUAAAUAUAUUUUAAUAUAUUAUCACAAAAUUAUUUAUUUUACAUUAUAUUAUUUUGAUUAUUUAUAUCGAGUACCAGUGUUUUGCUUCGACUCACAUCCGCUUCGAUCAUCGCUCCAGUUUUGUUCGCGAGUGUAAUGUGUUAGUGCGGCGACGGGACGCUAUAAGAGUACAAAUUCUGUGUAAGCCCCUACUUGAGUGUUAAUUGUAAAUGUUAAUAUUAAACACGAAACAGGGAGAAGGUACCAAGAAGCGCGUUGAGCGCGGGCGACAGUUGUAGCCAACGUCCAGUCUGAUCUGCCUUCGGUGUUGUCUCUUCCUUAACUAAAUUGUAUCUGUAUCCUAUUGCUACAGUGAGUUUGAUUUGCGAUAUCUUCCGUCUGUCCUCUCUUCUAGUAGUGGUGCGCGUAAGCGCCGUAUAUAAAACAGGUGUAUCACUGUAACGAUAGGGUAUUAGAAUAGGCGCCGCACUGUAAGCGCGCGCCACUCAUUAGAUAAGAAAUGUGUUAUUAGAAAAAAAUUGCAAUAAAUUCUCGUCCGACGCCUCUCGCCGCUCCUCGACUGUUUACCCAACUUAGUCGCUGUAUUAUAAAAUUUAGUCCGGCGUGUAAAAAAUAUCACUGUGUAAAUAUUUGGAGCCAAAAUUUUUAUACAAAAUUAUUUCAUAAAUAUAUUCUUGGACCAAGUUGAUGGUGGAGCGGCGAGGGUUUUCGUGGGGCUGCCUGCGUUUCACGCCGGCUCGGAACACUAGCCGACUAUGGUAACACUGGCUUGUGCAG